UUCUGCGACGCUUGGCGGCUGAUCGGGCUGUUUGUCGGUUAUUAUACCCAAGACAGAAUGCCUAAGACUCCUGACACUUUGGCUAUAAUGCAUGGCUUGCUUGGUGUUGUAAAGUCAGAAUAUGAAUCUGCCGGCCAACUGUCAUCAGAGUUACUUCGUUCUUUGCAUAUGCUUCAUGGGCAGACACUUGUCAGUGCACUAGACUUGAUUGACUGUAAAAAGGUUACGAUAGUCACUUCCAGCAGUGGCCGAUGGGUGUACCAGGUCACUGGAAGUGCUGGCACUCCUUAUGUAUGUUUGCCUGACUCUAUUUUCUGUCAGUGUCCAGCAUUCAAGUUUUCUGUGCUAAAGAAGAAAGAAAGUGUUAUGUGUAAACAUGUUCUUGCAGCACUCUUAGCAACAGCAAUGGGAGUAAUAGACAAAAAGACCAUCUCUGAUGAGUAUAUGAUGGAUCUUCUGUUCCAGAUGGAUUGAAAAAAAAAUAAAUAAAUAAAAAAUAAAAAUAAAACUAAUUCAAUUGUGUUCUUAUUGUGAUACAACUACAAAAUGGAAUGAGUUGGUAACCCUUCACAUUCGGACUCCUUUGUGAAGAGACCUAGUGAAAAGAAUGGCCAUGUUAAUAUUGAUUAGAUCAAAUUGGAUAAAGUGUACAAGCAGAAACAUCUUGUAAGUUUUUCACUUUUAAACUUUCUUUCCAUUUUAAAAUAAUGGUCAAAUUUCAAUCUAAAAACAAGUGUGGAAUAUGAUUUUACAAAAUUUGAUUACUGAGAUCAUUGUGUAAGAAUGUGUGUACACAUAAAAUGGGUAAUUGUAAAUAUGCAGGUUAAUAAAAGCUUUCUAUAUCAUCAAUGAUUUACUUCAAAGGUCUAAAAUGCAAGGCACUAUGGAAGGACACUUGGAUACAUAUAAGGCACCUAUAGAACAUUACACACAUUGUGAGUGUAAACUCUUGAGUGUUGUGAACAUGUACAAAAUUCAUUAAUAAAACAUCUUUGAAAAAUAUACUUUAUGUAAUAUUAAAUAUUACAUAUUUAUCAUAGACAUUUAGAAAAUGGUAAUGUAACAAUCUAUCUUUUUUUUAUCCUUUGACUUCUGGAAGACCUUCAAUAAUUCAGAGAAAAAUCCAUAUUCAUCAUCUCUCCAUUCAUCAUACACUCAUUACACAGAGCUAUUAUUCCUACAAACUCAGUUUCAUAAUGCAAGCAUGGUUGGAAUACUGAUGAAUUAAGUGAAGUAGGCAGCUUUACCACAAAUAUCUAAAAUUCAGUAUUCAGAAUUAAAAAAGAGAAAAAUGCAGAACCAUGAGCAACAUACCAAACAAACAAACAAAA